AUCUUCUCCAUCUCUGACAAUGCCUACCAGUUCAUGUUGAAUGAUCGUGAGAACCAGUCAAUCCUGAUCACCGGAGAAUCUGGUGCAGGGAAGACUGUGAACACAAAGCGUGUCAUCCAGUACUUUGCAACAAUUGCAGCAAGUGGGGAGAAAAAGAAGGAGGAGCAGCAGGCUGGCAAAAUGCAAGGAACACUUGAGGAUCAAAUCAUCAGUGCCAACCCACUGCUGGAGGCCUUUGGAAAUGCCAAGACAGUGAGGAACGACAACUCCUCACGCUUCGGCAAGUUCAUCAGGAUCCACUUUGGAGCUACCGGCAAACUGGCUUCUGCUGACAUUGAAACUUAUCUGCUGGAGAAGUCCAGAGUCACUUUCCAGCUCAAGGCAGAAAGAAGCUACCACAUAUUUUACCAGAUCACCUCCAACAAGAAACCAGAGCUAAUUGACAUGCUCCUCAUUACCACCAACCCUUACGAUUUCCACUUUGUGAGUCAAGGUGAAAUCACUGUUCCAAGCAUUGAUGAUCAGGAGGAACUGAUGGCUACAGAUAGUGCCAUUGACAUCCUGGGCUUCAGUGCUGAUGAAAAGACGGCCAUCUACAAGCUGACAGGAGCUGUCAUGCACUAUGGGAACUUGAAGUUCAAGCAGAAACAACGAGAGGAGCAGGCAGAGCCAGAUGGCACAGAAGUGGCUGACAAGGCUGCCUAUCUUAUGGGUCUGAACUCAGCUGACCUGCUCAAGGCGCUCUGCUAUCCUCGAGUCAAGGUGGGGAAUGAAUAUGUGACCAAGGGUCAGACGGUACAGCAGGUGAACAAUUCAGUGGGUGCUCUGGCAAAGGCUGUCUAUGAGAAGAUGUUCUUGUGGAUGGUUGUUUGCCUCAACCAACAGCUGGAUACCAAGCAACCCAGACAGUACUUCAUUGGUGUCCUAGACAUUGCUGGCUUUGAGAUCUUUGAUGUAAGGAACAAGGAUUUAGGACCAUAG